AUGCAGUUAUCCAUAUUUACUACCUGGGCUUUUCUCGUUUCCAGCUUCGCGACAGCAGUUCAACUCCCAGGUCUCAACGGGACUUUUGUCGAGCGCCAAGUCCAGCACCCAAAUGGCAGCAUAGUUAACGUAUACCUUAGAGACUCCUAUAAGCCCCCUCUCAGCGACGUGGACUCGCUCGACAAACGCUUCUAUGAGACCUACCACAAUGGUAACCACACCGAGAUCUGCGCCGAGACCAACUUCGUAGACACCUCCACUCUUGAGUCGGCUCUUUGCAGCGACUGUUCCGCCAUUAUCACCGAACUCAAAGCAAACCCGGGCUUCUUUGAAACGGGAGACUAUAUGGAUAGUGAAUAUAGUUAUCUGACCGUGUGUGGGACUUGCGCGUUUGGUGUUCAUCGUACCGACGGCUUAAGUUCACGGGUUGACAUUGGCAGCAAGGACGUGAUAGAUAAUAUCAAUUCGGCUAUCAUUAGAUUCCCUGUCGAUGAUCAUGUUGGUGCCACGGGAAACUUCACCUGUAACUCGGCCCCUAUUAACUGGGCAAUAUUGAAGGCAUCCUAG